AUGCCGCCCGCCAUCACCAGCGUCGAGACCACGAACGCCGCCGUCGGCGCGAGCAACGUCGCCGGCGUCCUGCGCCUGCGAGGCGACGACCUCGUCCGCCAGCACUCGGCCGCGCAGCAGGAGCCGGCAGCAGCACCGCACAGUCAAGGUCGACGUCCCGACCGCGAGUACCGCGAGCCGUUCGACGGCCCGAACCCAGAGAGCUGGCCAGAAGGCCGCGGCGUACCGCACUACCGCCCGCUGCGCACGAACGAGGCCGCGACUCGUCCGCUCGGCGCCACGACCGACCAGCGCGUCUUUGUCACGCUCAUGAUGUCGGGCGUCUUUGUGCUCGGCAGGGUCCACGGCAUCUGGGCGAGUACGGUCGGACGAGUCGCCAACGUGUGGGAGUACCCGGUCGGCGGGCAGUUUUGA